AACUCUGCUGUAAGCCCUCCUGUAUGCUUCGGUCAGGAAAUUUGGGGAGUGUAGGAGUGCAUGAGAUUGGAAAAAGCAAGUGUGUUGAAACAAGCAGGCACAGAGCAGGCAGGACCCACCACGCAGCCCAGACACGGAGGUGUGUGUGCUUGUGGUUUCAGACUUGGCUGUUGACUUAGGGGCUUCUGAGUUGAGUGUGCAAGUGGCUACAUCGACAAAAAAACAUAGCAAAUGCUGUCUCCACCAAGUCCUUCUUCUGCUUUGUAGCUUGCUCGGUGUCUGCGGAAAAAAGGUUUUAUUUUAUUUUUUUUAUUCCCCUGAGAGAAAACACACCUGAAAGAAGGGGCAAAGGCCAAGACAACUGGAGUGACUCUAACUUCUAACUUCCCAAGGACUUUUUUUCCCAUCCACCAUCAGGAGCAGACGACUGCACUCACUAAAGAAACUGCAGCUCAUCACAACUGUCUCACCACAGCCUCCGAGCCAGAGAAAGAACAAGAGAAUCUGGGGAACCCACCAUUCCAGCCCCCUCCUUCCCCUGCCUUGGGUCCUGGCCCCUCCUCUGCAGGCGCCCCAUGGUACCCUCCACCCCCAGUGGGGCAGGAAGCGUGAAAAAUCUCACUAAUGGGUUUAUUUGCUGUCAGACCAGCAGCGAUCUGUCACUCUCUAGGACUGCUGUACUUGACACUCCUCAUAGUCGAGUGAGCUGCUCAGCUUAGUCUGAACUUUAAUUUUACUACCUACUGAGACCAUCAUCACCUCUAGCCUUUCUCCCUAAGAAGAGAGUCGUUGAGUUGAAGUGCCUGUCCCUCAAACAAUUUUGCUCCAUUCAAUCCAAGCAUAGUUAGGGAAAGUCUAGUUGUCCCCAACAGAGGGGUGUGAUCUCCAAAGUGAGGCUUUGCUGAAGGAUCUGAAGACUGCUCUGGGAGAUUGAUUAGAGAACAAAAAGAUGCGCCUCUGGCUUCUAGUUGCCUUGGCAGCUCUGCUUUUUAGUCAUGGCACACUCCUGGAAGGGGCUGAGGCCAAAAAAGCACGCAAGAGGCCGAAGGAGACGACCCCGCAGCACACUGAGGUGUUCAACACCACACUCUCCAACAGUGAGGAGGAGGAUGAGACCACAAAGGUCACAGAAAGCCAAAAAGUAGACCCACAUGGAUCAUGGAUGGAUUUUGUGAAGAGGCCGGUUGGCAACUUUCCAGCCAAGUGCCGUAAAAGAAAGCGACCCCUGCCGGGACCUCAAGGACCUCCCGGCCCUCCAGGACCCCAGGGCCCACCAGGGGCCCCUGGUGCAGAGGUCACUCAAGAGGUUUUGCUGAAGGAGUUUAAAGAAAUGAUCAAAGAAGCUACGGAGAGAAGAGCUUUGGGGGACAAAGCAAGUGGGCACAGCCAGCUGCCCACAACUCUACUAGCCCUGGAAGGUAUGGCAUCGUACCGCAGGAUUGAAGAGGCCUUCCACUGUAAGCUCAAAGGGCCUGUCGUGGUCGACAAGAAGACUCUGGCUGAGCUGCAGAACUUCCAGACACCCCCUGCCAAAGGUGCCUUUCUCAGAGGGACGGGGAUGGAUCAGUCCACUGGACGAUUUACAGCACCCAUCACAGGAAUUUAUCAGUUCUCUGCCAACGUCCAUAUUGACCACAGUGAGGUGAAAAAGAUUAAAAACCAACUCAGAGCCAGAGACAAUGUGAGAGUCCUGAUCUGCAUCGAGUCGCUGUGCCAUCGAUACACGUCUUUGGAGAUGAUCGUCGGCUUGGAAAGCAACAGCAAGAUCUUUACAGUGUAUGUUCACGGAUUACUGGAGCUCCAGGCCGGACAGUACACCUCGAUAUUCGUGGACAACGCAGCAGGAGCUUCCAUCACGAUACAGAACGGUUCUGAUUUCAUGGGCAUGCUGUUGGGGGUAUAGCCUCCUUUUUGCGUUUUCAAUCCCUUCUACCUAAGACUGCUUUCUUUUGGACUGCCAUCAAACACUGAAUCCAAUAGUGGACAGCCAGAGGCAGCUAACUGCUCUGCAAAUGCUUCAGUAUGAGACGACUGAACCACUGCGCUGACUGUGGCACAUCUGUUUUUUUUUUUACGCCGCCGUGAAAAAAAAAAAACAGUCGGAUGCGAUUCUUAUCACGGCCCGGAAUGAAAAGAAAACACGGACUUCUUAUUCAGCUGUAAGCAUGCUCAAAUAAAUCAGGAGUAUUUUCACAUGCAAGGAAAUAUUUUUUUUUUGGUCCCUUAUUGAGUGUUUAUGUGAUAUAAUAUGUGAUAUUGAACAGAAUUUAUUUUGUGAUACAUAUAUAAUCUUCAGUAGAUGUAUACAAUACUAUAUAUAAAAAAUGGACAAUGAUACGGAUUCAUUGUGUGAAAAAAGUUGACUGUUAUGCGAAUUUGCAUGAAAGCAAAGAUGCUGGCUAUGGACUAUGGACUCACUGAACCUGGGAUUGUGUUUUCAUUAUAACGUGGAAAUGUACACACCUCUGCU